UCAUUAUGGGAGGCAUUAUAGAAUGAGGAUGGCAUUCAGCCAGGCGUUGAAUAUGACUCUGAGACCACAGAAUGUUCAUGUUUGUCUGUAAUGUUGUCUUUCAGGAGACAUAAAGCUAACAGGUCCAGCUACAGGCGACUCAAAUGUGCAAGAGAGAACGGAACCGUCAACGGUCAACGCUUCUAGACCACUGAAGACCACACUGAUGACCACCAUCCCUGUUGGUCGAGAAAAGACAUCCACACCCACCAGCAGUCUGGAUAGACGAUUGAAGAUGGAUCCGGUGACGAGCAGUCCAGAUAGACGAGCCCAGAUCCUGAAGAUGCUGUCAGCGCUGGAGGAACUCAGCAGGGCGAUCAACAGCACUCUGAGCACACGGAUGACCAUGAUGCCCAGAGGGUCAGCAAACGGCAGAAAUUCAGGAAAGAAGAAGAAAGCGGUAGCUGAGGCGGAUAGAGUGAAAACCACCACAGUGCCUCCUGUGGAUGUUGGAGGUAGCGUCACUGCAUCCCGGCCCAGCACUGACGGCAUAGACAGUCUGAGUGGCCGAAACUUCAAGAAGUCCCUCCCACAGCAACCCAAGAAGCCCAGCAACAAGAGAGUGUGUUUCUGGAAGUACUGCUCCCAAAACUGAUCCUCCACAGACCCUGACAAACACCCCUGUAAACAUCCAUGGUACCCGCCAAACCCACAUUCCCCCAUCCUACUCCCACCCUGCACGCGGGCACUAGGCAACCAAUGCGGCGAGGCAUCAGAGGCCCGGCGCCACCACUGACCUUUUCAUUGGCUCAUGAAUAACAGUACUGACCAAUCAGGUUGCCCCAUCAUCGACGUGUGUACUUGUGCCUAUGUGCACGAAAGUCUGUUAACCGUUUAUAGAAGAGAAAACGCUGUGUGUGAUCUCUAAUAAAGAUGACCCGAGCAUGAUAAAACUAUAGGACAAUAAAGACGUUUAUUUUUCUACAGA